AUGACAUAAUUUAUUUGCGUCACGAUUUUGUCUGCUUUUUUUGCUCUUCUUGGGUAGGCAUCUGAAUGUGGUAAUGAUCAAUUUUAUGCUAAGAAUCUUUGAUAUAAGAGUUUACAAUAAUUGGAACAGUGAAUGAGUCUUUAUCUUGGGAUAUGAGAAAGAAUUUUUUUAGAGGAAGUGAUUUGAAAUUCAAUGUUUCUUUACCAGGUCGUCCAUAUAUGGAUACAUAUGAGCCUAUUUAAUAGAUGGGAUUUGGUACUAACCAUGGAGAUGAAGGUAUAUUUGAUAAUAUAUAUCUUUUCAGAUAUUGGUAUCAUCCUUACUUUAAAGCCUAGAGUUAAUUAAGAAACAAGAGCUUGGAUGAAUGAUUUCAUAUUUUUAGAGUAAAAUGAAACAGAUGUGGAUAUUCAUUAUUCAAUCAAGUAAAUAUUGAUAUCAUAUUAUUUUUAGUGAUCCAAUGAAUACUCGUUAAACACCAUAUUUCUCUGAUUUCAUUACAGUACAUAAAAGUGAUUCCUUAGUUUGUUUUGAUGCUGAUUUUGUCACUGAGACAACUAUUAUUGUAGAUUGUACUACAGCAUUGGCUGGGAUAGCUAAUGGAUUCAUUUUUAUAGAUGUUAAGACUGGAGAGAAACAUAUAUAAAAUAAUGAUAAUCCUCAUAAUUAUAAUAAAACAAAAGCAAGAAGGAUUGCUACUCUUAAUUAUACAGGUAAGAGUUCAGAUGGAUUUUCGGCACCUGCUAAAUCAUAUUUAUUUAGAGGUGAACCUGCAUGGGCAACAGAGAAUAAUACAUAAGAUAAAUUAGAUAAAGAUUGUGAACUUGAAGUUUUCUUGAUUGAUAUAAAAUCUGAGGUUGAUUAAAAAUAUGUGGCUAUGUUGAAUGUUACAAUAUUAAAAACUUUAUUACCUGAACCAGUAGAAAAUUUCUCUUUAAUUGAUUUUCAAGUUGAACCUAAUGGAGAAUUAUAUGUUUUAGAUGCAUUUAAUGGUGUAUAUGUAUUAGAAUUAACAAAUACUAAUUAAUUUAAAUUAUUGUAACAUUUUGAAAAUCCAUCAAAAGAAUAAAUUUAUGCAUUUGAUUUCAAUUAUUUAGGUAAUCCAGAUGGAACUUAUACUUAACAUUUAGUAUUAGCAUAUAAAAAUAAAGUUGUUGUUUUUGAAAAUUUCAGUUAAAAAUUUACAUUCUAAUUACCUCAUUAAGCUGUAUAUGGAGAAUUGAAAUUAUCAAUGAGUUAAGAGUUUUUAGUAAUUGUCUAAAAAUAAGGAACUUAUUUAUAUCAUAUACAAGAAACUAUGUUACUUUUUAAGAAUGAAGAAUAUUUUGAAUAAGUUCUUGUUAAUCCAUAUUAUCCUGAUAUGAUUGGAAUUAAUUAAUAAAGAGCAUAUAGAUAUGGACUUAGUAAAGGAUAUUUGUAAAUGUUUUCAUAAAAAGAACCUACUGCAACCUAAAUUUAAUUUAAUCUUAAUUCAUGGCCAUAAAAUGGUGUUAAAAUGUGUUCAAUAUUAAUAAAAUGUACAAUCUUAUAAUAAAAUGAUACUAAUAUAUAUAGAACAUCAAAUGAUCCUUUUCCAGAUUAAAUUGUUUAUCCUUCAAAAUCAAUAGUUGUAGAUCUAUUAGCAUCUGGACCUAGUUUAAUGUAUAAAUAACUAGUCAAUAAUUCAAAUGUAGAUGUGACAUUAGAUUCUAUGUGGGAAGUAUUUGUAAAAGGUGUUGAUUUACCAGAUGCUAAAGAUGUUGUCUAUGCAGAUUUAUUAGUUUUAGAUCAAGGUGAUAGAGUAUAUUUCCUCUUUUAAACACCAGAUCAAAAUUGUACUAUGAUUAGAUGUAGUAAUCAAGAUCUAAAGAAUACAACUCUAUAAAAAUGUACUUAAAUAGAUUAGUUUCAUGUUCCAUUUGUAUUAAAUAAAACUAAGAACUCUUUUACUUGGUGGUAAACUUAUAAUAUGGUCACUUAUGUUUAUUAGGAAAGUGAUUUCUUAGUAAAAGUUUUCACAAGUUCUGGUUCAAGUUAAGAAACUGGUAAGAUAGAGUUUGAUUCUAAAGAUUUAACUAAUAAGAUUAAUUCAUUUGUAUAUCUUUAAAAUGCAGUCUUUUUAGUUUAAUCAGCUAAAUAUUAAAUAAGUGUUUGGAGUGUAAGAGGAGAUAUAAAAGAAUUAUAUGUAAUUAAUUAGAAUGUACUAAGAUAAUAAGGAUAUAAUGGUACUUUCAUUCCUAAAGCUGUAUUUGGUAAUCCAAAAAUCAGAGGAUAGAUAGUAUUCAUUUAAACAUAAGAAGAAAUCUUAAUUGGAGAAUUUGCAAAUGGAAACAAUAUUCAUAUUUUUCAUUUGAUGCACAUUAUACCUAUAAUAUAAAAAUCUCAAGUAAGUAUUGCUAUUGGUCCUCUUACAUUUACUAUUGUUCAAAAAACAGCUAGUGAAUAAAUCAUUGAAGAAUAUAAUUGGGAACAUUUACAAUUAAUUACAUUAAAUAAGAGAUUGCCACUUUAUAAGUAUUAAUUAUAAGAACCAUUAAAUAUUGAUUAUUGUUCAUAAUCAGGAUGGCUAUUUGUAAGAGCUAUUGAUACUGCACUCUAAGAAACUGUAAUUUUAGUUUAUGAACCAAAUGUAUUAUCUCAUGUUUCAUUACACAAAGUCAUUCAAACUGGUUAUAAAAUCAAUGAUGUAUUUGAUAUGGCAGUUGAUGGUAAUUCAUAAAUGUUUAUCUACUUUAAUGAUAAUAAAGUUAAUAAAUUUAUAACUCUAUUAUAAGAUGCUGUUUUAACAAUUGAACCUAAAGAAGAUGUUCUAUAGUAUGUAAAUAAACUUGAAACAAGUGUUUAGAUUAGUAGUGCUUUAGGUGGAACACCUUUAGUAGUAAAUGAAAAAAUUAAAUUAAUGAAUACAGACUCUAAAAUAAUAGUAAAAUAAAGUUCACUUGAUAAAUACAAGUAUAUGUUUUAAUUUAAGAAAAAUGAUAAUGAUCAAUCUUUAGAGAUUAAAUCUGAUUGGUAUAUUGGAUAACCAUAUGAUCUUUUUGUUUUAUGUGAAUAAUGUGGGGAUUAAGUUUUGAUUGAACCAUAAAUUGUUAAGAGUUCUAAUGGAUCUGAUAUGAAAUUUGUAAUAUAUGAUGGUACAUAAUUUGAUAGUGAUACUCUUGUUUAUCAGGCAGAUAAAUCAUUAAUAUUCUAACAUAAAAAUGGUUCAUUUUUGAAUAGAAUCAAUUUAGAAGCAUCCCUUGGUGAAGGAUAAAGAUGUGAAUUAUUGACUGUUACAAAAGAUAGUAAACAUAUUAUAAGUACUGUUAUUGGAAUUGGUGAUAUUUAUGUUUUAGUUAAUGAAUGUACUGGAACUAAAUGUUAAUAAUAUUAAUAAGGAGAAGUUUCAUUAGCUGGAGUAACAUAAGCUAUAAAAAUGAGAUUUGUAUUUGGACGUAAUUUCAUUGUUCUCAAUACAGAUCCUGUUAAUUAUUCUAAAUUUGAAAGUAGUAUUAUUGUAUACUCAUUUAAUACAAGUAAUAAUUAAUUCACCAUUCUUUCUUAAAAAGUAAUCAAUACAAAAUAUUUGGGUGCUACAUCUUAAGUAUAAAUUGCUGAUUUUUGUCAUCUUACUGUUAGUGAAUCUAUAUAUGCUAUCUUAUUUACAGAUAUUACAAAAGGAGUUUGGAUUGUUAAUCUUGGUUCUAAUGUUGAUGGUUCAGUAACAGAAUUAAAUAAAGAAUUAUUAAAUCUUAGAGGAUAUGAACAUGAUUAAUAUUAUCUUUAAGAUGAUACACAUUUCCAUUAACUUAAAAUAUUAUCUUAAGAAUAAUCUGAUAAAAUAUUUAAGAUUUAAUUAUUAGUUACAACAUCAAAUGUUGCUAAUUAUAUAUUCUAUUUUGAAUUAGAUAUAUCAUCCAAAACUGGAGUUUCAUAUAUUAAAUAAUCAUUGAAAUUAUAAUAAAUCCUAUUUAAUUAUGGAGAUUGGAAAUCAGCCAAUAAAAUGUCAUUUGCAGCCAAUCAUGUCUCUGUUGCUUAUACAGAUGGCAAUGAAGUUGUCUUAGCUGUCUAUUAUAUUGAAGUUAAAAAACUUGAUGAAGUCAGAACAGUUCCAUUUAUCUAUGGUAUUAGAGCUGAUUACAAUUAACCAUUACCAGCAGAUUUUGCUAUGAUCAUGUCAUAAUAUUAAAAUUAAGUAAAUAUUUUAUAUUAUUUAUAUAGACUUAUCUCUAUGCCAAUAUUGAAUAUGAUAGUUAAUUCUCUGAACAUACUGUCUAUAGAUAUACUAUUAAUGAUAAACCAAAAUUAAUAUUAAAAAAUUGUAUCACUCUAAAAGAAUAAGAUUUAGAAAUCUAUGCAGUUAAUCAUUUUGGAGCUGCAUCUGGAAAAACAAGAUUAUGGGAUUCUGAUAAUGUACCUGAUGAUGAUGAUUCUAGUAGGUAAUAAAUUAUUCUAAAACUAGUUCUAAUUGGUGGUGGAUUACAUUAAUUGUUAUUUUCGGAGUUGCCAUCCUUGGAGCAGGUGGAUUCUUUUUGUACAAGAAAUUUGGUAAAAAAGGAGUUGAACCUUUAUUAGGUUGA